AUGGCAAAAAGAAAAUAUAUGUCAAAAGUCGACGGAAAAAUAAAUGUUGGAGAAAAACAUCAAGCGAAAAUUCCAGACCUUGUAACCGAUGAAAAUGAGAAAACAAAUGUCGAAGAAACUCAACCUGUGGAAAAUGUAAACAAUGUUAAUGAUGAUGUAAGAAAAAAUAAAAAAGCAAAAACUGAACAAGUUGAAGAAACAACAAAUAAUGCUGCUGAAGAACAAGUUCAACAAGAAGAACCUGUAGAAACAGCACCAGCACAUGAAGAACCAGCACAUGGCGAAGAAGCACAAGGAGAAGAGGUACAAGGAGAAGAGGCACAAGGAGAAGAGGUACAAGGAGAAGAGGUACAAGGAGAAGAGGCACAUGAAGAACCAGCAAAUGACGAACCAGCAAAUGACGAACCAGCAAAUGACGAGCCAGCAAAUGAAGAGCCAGCAAAUGAAGAGCCAGCAAACGAAGAACCAGCAAACGAAGAACCAGCAAAUGAAGAGCCAGCAAAUGAAGAACCAGCAAAUGAAGAACCAGCAAAUGAAUAA